ACAUUCCACAAUAUUUAAAAUACAAUUUGUAACCGCUAAUUUACUGACAAUGUGGCAACCCUACGUAUAGCCCGCGAAACGACUUUUUUCUGCUGUGCAAAAGAGCACACACUACAGCACUCGUUGACGAGCGAGAGAGAGAGAGGCAGCCGAAAAACACGCGCUGCAUUUUCUUGACGUUCCUCUGAUUUUUUCCGCUUUAUUUACAAAAAUAAUUUAAAAUAAAGGAUGUCUAGCUCUGGGAGAAAGCGUAAGCAACAGUUGAAACCUCGACAGGACGACCACCGAUCGCCGGUGAAGCGGCGAAGCGUCGACAUCAAAAAGGAGCCCUUGGACUCGUACCCGGCACUGGCGGACUACGACCUGAGCACGGCGGACGUCAAGCCGGACCUCACGGAGUUGCAGCUCCAGCUGGCAACAGAGCCGCGUACGUCCGUCAAUCCCAAUCUUAGCGAAUUGAACCGCCAGGAGAGCGACUCGGACGAAGACGGCUACUCGGAACUAAACUACCAAUCAUCGGAUGUCUUUUGCCAGGAUGAGCCGGAUGAGUUCGACCCUGAGUGGACUUCCCAGCAGGCGACCACAAGGCUGCUCUUCAAGUUCCAUACGCCGUUGCAACAAACUGGCCUGAAGGGCACAAAACGCUUUCAAUGCCCGCAGCAAUAUUUUAACCUGCUGUUGGGCAACCGCUACAAGUUCUUUGCCGCCCUGGCUCAGGCUAUCAACCUUCGUGGCGGGACGGCACCCACCACUCCCGAAGAAGUGGAAACCUUUGUGGGCCUUUCUCUUCUGAUGAGCGAUUUGAAGCUCAAAGAUCUGGCGGACUACUGGAAAAAUAACACGUAUUUCGGCUUUGUUGGUUUCUCGGAGAAGAUGACCGAAGACCGGUAUCGGAAGUUGCUGCAGUGGCUUAGCUUUGAUUGUUUGCCCACCGAUAAAGGCAAGGAAAAAGACAGUAUUCCCCUCCUGACCUUUAUAAACGAGAGCAUGGACGAACUGUACGUCUGUGGACAGCAGUUGGUGCUGAACGACCCAGUGGUACUUUGGAAGGGAACAUUCAACUACCUGGAAGAUCUGCCCUGCCGGUUUCGCUGCAACUCCCUGGUUCUCCACAUGCUGACGGAGCAAAGUGGCCUGGUAGUGAAGCUCUUGCCAGAAAUAGUGCGUCGCGAAGACUCAGCUGCCUGGGUGCGGAAUUCCCGGCAACUGGUCCAGCACAGGAUCGGAGUGUCUCUGAAGUUAAUGGGCGAUCCCCAAAGCGGACGAACUGUGUAUGCAUCGAAGUUCUAUGGCAGCUAUGGUUUGGCCCACGAGUUGGCCAAGCGAGAGACCUACUGCACUGGGCUGCUGGACAGGAACCGGUACGGCAACAGCAAGGCCCUGGUGCACCAACAACUGCAACCGAAUCGAAUCGUCACUAGCUACGCUUCUCCUCUGAUGAUGGGGAAAUGGCGGCGGAGGGAAAAGAGCCUUUACUUCUUCAGUUCCGACUGUUUGGCAAUAUAUGCCAAGGAAAUGUCUAUGCAGAAGACCAACGCAAGGCCGAAGCUGAUCCAGGAGCUGGAGUGGCAGUUGAAGGCGGGCAACCAGAGUCGACAGCAACUAAUCCAAUACCAGCCGGGCUCCCAAGAACUUCCCGCCGACAAAAGGCUGGACAUCUUUCUUAUCAACAUCCUGGUCUACAAUGCGCACCUGCUAUACAUGGCCAAUGCCCAAAACGCCAGGGGAGGACGCCUCAAGACCUAUGCGGAGUUCCGUAUGGCCAUAAUCAAAUCGCUGCUGCGGGAGGAGCAAGUAGCAGAGCCCGUCGCCAUCAGCCCCCGAAAACUCGAGGAACCAGUGGAGAAAGAGAAAGCUAAGGAAAAUAAGGCAGUACCGUCCACGAGCAAUCGCCACGAAGCCGUACUCAUUGAGCAUAAUGGGAAGCCGGCGAAGAAAAACUGCCGCAAUUGCCACAAAGGCGGGAUGCUGCAGUUCAGCAAGUUUAUGUGCAACUCUUGUCCGGACAAACCUGGUCUCUGCCAAGAACCCUGCUUCCGUCUCUGGCAUGACCAACUCAAGAAGUGAAAAAUAAAGUGAUCUUUAUGAUUAAAUUGGAUUUGAGAGAA